AUAUAAACUGUUUUACAAGUUUAGUUUACAUGUUAUUUACAUUUACAGUAAAUAACUUACUACAUCAAGACACAGAGUUUUCUCUAUUUGUCACAGAAAAUCUAAAGGUUCUUAGUGUUUGUUUGAAACCCAGCUUAAAGAGGACCGUAGUCAUUUUUAUUCCCAACCCUUCAAAACACAAAGUUUUCACCUGAUAAAACUCUUAUUUUGAAAUCAUUCAUAGUAGAGUUAACCUAAUGUUUGAGACUUCCUAGAUUUGCUAUCGGUCAAUGAGUUAUUGUGACUAUAAGUAUGAUUGUAUCUAGUUACAUUUGUCCAUAGGUUUUUACGAAGUAAGCUGGUGUUAUUUAAAGGAAAACCUGAGCAGUAAAAUGAGGAGCAGACAGAAAUGUUUCAUUUUAGUAGCUUGCCCUUGUGUUGUGUUUAAAUGUUACAAAAAGCUAACGUUAAGACUUCCUCACUGAGUCCAGUCACCCACCAAGCAGUCAGCUUGUUCCUAAAGUUAAUGUUUCAUCAUGCACUCAUCCACAUAUGAGCAGAAACUCACAAGUUCUUCUUGUGCCUACACCAGACACCAUCAGGACAGUGUUGUAGACAUAAUCCACACAGACACCUUCUGUCUGACUGUGACCCUAACUGAUGAUGUCCUCCUCCUGUCCUACAGAGGGAGCCAGACGGGGAGGAGCAGCCUGAAGACAACAUGCCCCCCAAGUUUAAACGGCACCUCAACGACGACGAGGUCACCGGAUCCAUCCGCAGUGAGAGG